UCCAUGAAUUUGUGCUUAAGUGUUUUGUGACUUGCGAGUAACUUCUUUUUUCCCUGUGUAAUAGUUUUCCUCCCCGGACCUGUGACCUUCCUGCAGUGCGAUCGUGUUCGCAGCACACUCUGGUGCAGUCACCGGCAUGUUCCUGAGCUGAUCCUCAUGUUAUUUUGGGGGUCAGCUGUCCCGUGAACAGGACCCUCCUCCUCCUCCCGUUCUUCUUCCGUCUGUUGCCGUCUCUUCUUCACCUCCUUCACUCUGCUGAUCCUGUUCCAGAAAACUGACAAUGGAGACGUCGGUGGAAGCAGCUGAGGUGUUGGUGCCUCCCACAUCUGUCAAGGCAUCUUCACUGGAGCCUGAGAGCAGUGAGGGCGAGACGGCAGGUGUGGCUUGCUCUGCCUCCUCUCCUGACAAUCCGGACUCUGUGGAGCAGUUCAGUCGACGGCUGGAUGACAUCAUUCACAUGUAUAGCUCCGCAGCCGGCGUCCUCGACAAACAGAGUGGGGUGGAGGCAGAGGUGGAAAAGGUGAAGGAGGAGGCAAAAGAUGACAUCACAAGCACCAUGGACACAGGUGACACAG